AUGUCUGAAAAACAGAACCAAUACGUAACUGCUGGUGGAUUGAAGAUCGGCAAGUGUCUCUAUGAUCUUGUGUCGGAGGAAAUUGCUCCUGGCACUGGAAUUGAGCCUGAGUAUUUCUGGCAAUCGCUUGCAAACAUCGUCACAGACUACGGUGACAAAAAUCAGCGACUGCUUGACAAGCGAGACCAGCUUCAGGCGAGAAUCGACGACUGGCAUUCUUCGGAUCACGCUAAGCACUAUUCGGUUGCCGAAAAUCGAAAAUUUCUUAGCGAUAUCGGCUACUUGGUCACAGAAGGACCGGCGUUCAAGGUAGAGGUGGAAAAUGUCGACCGGGAAAUUUCGGAUGUGAGCGCUCCGCAGUUGGUUGUCCCUGUCGACAAUGCUCGCUAUGCGCUAAAUGCGGCGAAUGCCCGCUGGGGGAGCUUGUAUGAUGCGCUUUACACCUCAGGUGUAGCUGAACCGGAGGAUGUUCCAGCACCGCCACCCGCACAGUACGAUGCAGACCGAGGUGCACGAGUCAUUCAGUGGGCCCGUGAUUUUCUGGAUCGCGUGGUUCCGCUCAAAUCAGGCAGUCAUGCACAAGCCUCUAGCUAUAUUGUUGCUCCUGCCGGUAGAAGAACCCUGGAACUGAAGGUUUCACUGCAGAACGGUGAAAUAACUUCCCUCAAGUCUCCUGGUCAGUUCGCUGGAUUUCUUGGAUUGAUGUAUGACCCAUCAGAAAUUCUACUUUACAACAAUGGCUUGUUUUUUCGUCUCAUAAUCAACCGUGAUUCCAUGAUUGGUGAAAUAGAUUCAGCUGGAAUCAGUGAUAUAGCCAUGGAAGCAGCUGUUACGACGAUUCAGGAUUUUGAAGAUGCUGUUUCGACAGUCGAUGCGGAAGACAAGACGGUUGCCUACAGAAACUGGCUGUAUCUAAUGAAGGGUACCCUGACCGCAGAAUUUGAGAAGAAUGGAAAGAUCGUCAAGCGCUCACUGAACCCGGACAUGAAUUUCACUAAUCCUUAUGGGUUGCCGACAGUUGUUUCAGCACGGAGCAUGAUGCUUGUCAGGCAUGUCGGAAUUCACAUGUACUCGGAUGCAGUGACAACUCUUACGGGAGAGUUGAUUCCUGAAGGAUUUCUGGAUGCCAUGGUCAUCAGUUUGUGUGCGAUACACAAUUUGGUCGGAGAAGGCGCAAAAUCCUUUCCAAACAGUCGUUGCGGCAACGUCUAUGUGGUGAAACCAAAAUUGCACGGACCCGAGGAGGUAGCUGCGACGGUGCAACUAUUCUCCCACGUAGAAGAUGUUUUGAAUCUCAACCGGAACACGUUGAAGAUCGGAAUUAUGGAUGAAGAACGGCGAACUACUGCAAAUUUGAAAGAAAGCAUUCGGGAAGCAAGAAAUCGAGUCAUUUUCAUCAACACAGGAUUCCUUGAUCGAACGGGUGAUGAAAUUCAUACCAUGAUGAGUCUUGGCCCGUCCAUCACCAAGGAUGAGAUGAAAAAGGCGACUGGCUACAUACUUACGAAACCUGGAAUGUUGAGGUAG